AUGAACCUGCAAUCAUUUUCACUUUCCCCUACGCCAAAAUUACGUUUUUUAACCAAAGCAGCUGUGAUAGUAUUUGUGAUGGUGGCCUUUUUGUUGUGGAGAACUAAAAAAGACAGGUUCUCUAAUAAUAUUCUUAUUAAGGAAGAUGAGACCAAUCAAGCAAAACAAACAAUAGAACAACAAGUUGCAAAACUAACAACGGAACAAAAACUCAAGAAACAAGCACAACAUUCUGACGAUACAAAAAUUUAUCACCAAAUUGCUGAUCUUUUAACAAGACCAAGUGGUGUUGGUUCUUACGACUGGUAUAAGCAACAACUUGAAAAAUACAAUUCAAUCGGUAAUACAACAUUUAAGGAUUCAUAUGUUUCAAGAAUAGGAUUUAAAAAUGAAGAAAUAACUUCGCCUAAUUGGUUUCAUUACUUCAGAACUUACAAGGUCAAAGAAGUAUGCUCAAAACAGCAUUCAUGUGAGAUACUUCCAUUCUCUUCAGCUCAAAGCGAACUCUCAAGAGGAGUAAAAUUGGAUGCAAUCAUCUAUCAUGAUAAGUACAGUGAAGGAAUUCUCGUGUCUGGACCUAAAGACAUACCAGAACAAGUUAGUGUCAAAAAAUUCCAAGAAACAAUCAAAUCAUAUGGUUUUUUAAAUUCUGUUGAAGAAAUAUCAAACAAGAUUGAUUCAGAGCUCGGGGAAACUCUUUGGAGAAUGUUAAGAAGAUUAACAUUUUACAUGAAUGGGGAAUCUGUUGUUAGAAACAUUAUUUCUGGAUAUUUGCAAACAAAAGAUGAUCCAGCAUCAAUGGAAAGAUUUUCAAGCACUUCAAUAGAUGUUUCAGUUUGUUUUUUUAGAAGUUGUACUUUAUUCAACAAUUAUCUUUAUUACCCAAUUAAUUUGCUAUCGCCAAAGUUUGCCAAAAACACACAAACAAAACCUGGUUUGUGUGCUUUUAUUUCAAAUUGUGUAGCAGAAUCUCAUGCAACUCAAAGAUUACAAAUCUUGGAACAACUUUCAACAUACCUUCCUGUAAGACAAUAUGGAAAAUGUGGUAGAAAUGCAUAUGAAACUAACGGAGGUAAGAUGUUCGAACUUGAACAUAAUUGCAAGAUUUACUUUGCCAUGGAAAACUCAGUAGUUCCAGAUUAUAUUACUGAAAAAUUAUAUGAAGGCUUCAAAUCUAUGGAGAAUGGCGGAAGAUUAUUGAUGGUUUACAAAGGUCCACCAAAUAUUGCUGAUUUCAAAUAUCCAAAAUCUGCAUUCAUCAAUGUGGAUGAUUUCUCCUCAAUUGAUGAGUUGGGACAAUAUUUGAAAAAGUUGAACGAAAAUGAAGAUGAAUUCAAUAAGAGAUUUGCUGAACUAGAAAGAGACAGAGUCCAAAUCAAUCAUGCAAUUAAGAUGAUGAGACCAAGUCUUUCAAAUUUCAUCCCUUGCAGAAUGUGUAAAAUUGUUGGACAAACUAAAUUAGCUAGAUACCUAUUGUUCAAAAUCGGAUUACAAGUACAAAAGAAAAAACUCAACUAUAGGGAAUGGGAUGAAUUCAAGAAGCAAUUCGAUUAUAUAGGGCCAGAGAGGAUGGCAAUCCUUGAUUCUAUUUAUCUCAGAGCUUAUGCAAAUCAAUUCCACUCAGAAAAUAUAAACACUGAUAUCAAUGACGAUGAAGUUUGGAAAUAA